UUUUGCACAGCUUUAUUUCCGUUUAAUUUAAUUGCAAUAAAAUUUGUUUCUUUUGUUUGUUUUUAUGUUUAUCAUUGUAGAAUGGAAUAUUGACAAAAGAUUCGGUAAAAUCUAAAUUCAACGUCAGUGGAAAUACAAAAACUGAAGUUUUUCAGAAUGUCUGAAAAAGUGGCAGAUAUAAAUAAAUAAAAUGGCAUUUCAACUAGAUGACUUAUUGAAAGACGAUAAAAAAGAUGCAAAUUUAAUACCAGAUUUGAGUAAAGCUACUUGCAACUCUCAAGAAGAAUUUCGCAGACUCAUGGAACGAUGUCCUGAAUAUAAAAUCAAAGCGGAAAAGAAAGAAGAUAUUCGAGUGAGGGAUAAAGAUUUUUCCUGGCGAGCAACAAAACGAGAAUUAAAAUCAAUUGGAAAGGAAUGGGGCUAUGGAGAUCCAAUACCUCCAGAUAUGAAAUCAUUGAAUCUUCAAGAAUUACAACAAGUAGCUAUCGAUUGGAGAAUGUUGACUUCUGUUAGACCUAAACUUCGUCAAGAUGAAGAGAUGUUUUCUAGAUUGGUUGAAAUGGGAAAAUUAGCAGCGAAAACAUCAGCGAAAGAAAAUCGUGCCCACAUUACGCCAAUUCGAAGAAAUAAAAAUAGAGCCGGCAUUAUUGAAAGUAGCGUGAAAAUAUGUGGUGAAUGUGGUGAAGAAUUUUGUGCUGGUGAAUCGUGUGGUGAUAUUCUUUAUGAUUCCUUUAUUAGAGUCACUGUAACACCACAACAAUCGAAAAUAACAGUUUCCGCCGAUACAGCUGCAAUAAUUGCCGGAAUGGAUAAAUCUGUCAAAAAAGGAAAUAAUAAAAAGAAGAAAGUAAAUGGAAAAAAUAAUAAUUCAAGAAAAAGUGUCAAAUUAUUAAUACGCCGAAGAGUUAGAAAAUCUGGGAGAAGUCCACGUGAAACGCACAAUAAAACACGAAAAAAUUUAAAACAAAACGAUAAUAAUAAUAAGGAAACUGAUGAAAAUGGAAUAAAAAAAUUCAAGAGAAAAUGCAGCAAAUAUUCUAAAAAAGGAGGCCUAUCACCAAAAUAAUUAUACGAUUUGAGUUAAAAUUGUUAUUAUUAUUUAAAAUUUUUAAUUAAUUAAUUAUAUAUUGAAUUAUGUUAUAAUUAUAUAUUGUUUGUUAAUAGUUUCUUGUUUUCUAUUUUAUAAUCUAGAAAUUAGUUGAAUAGUUUUAUAUACAUUUCUAUAUUACGCUAGUAUAAUAAUGUUUUGUACAUUUUUAUUUUUAAUAUAUACUGUUUUAUUAAACGUUUUACUGUUAAAAACAACAUGUGCAAUAACAAUGUAUAACAGUAUUUAUAAACAUGUACAGUGAUAAAAUUGAAACAUAUUCUAUGUUAUAACUGAACAAUAAAAUAAUUGCAAAGCUUUUAUUAAAAAUUACUAAUAUUGUUCUUUUUAAAAAUUCUAUUUUUAAGAUUUAUCUUUUCUAUAUACUUUGAUUUAAAACGCAAAAUAAAAUAUAAAUUAAUAACAAUAAAAAAAGUGGUGGUAAAUUAAAAAAAGGCAAAUAUAAUUUUGUAGAACAUAUUUCUUAUUAAGGAAUUAUUUUGUACAUUCGACUAAAUAAUCGCAUACAGGACACAAAAGAAAAAAAUAGUUUUCAUAUUUAUAUAUAUAUAUAUCAGGUUUCCUCUUACAUAUCUAGCUAAAAUUAUUGAAUUCCUGGAUGGACAACUAGGCGGAUUUUUUCUAGAAUUGCUACAACGACAAUACAUUUUGAGUUAUUUCGUACACGUUGCGUCAUACACAAUUUUAUAUCGGACUUUCAAAAAACUUCUUUUCUCUCUUUUAUAAAUAAGAAAAGAAAAUUGAUAAACUAGAUCAAACCAUUAAAAACACAAAUUCUAUUUUUUUCAUAUAUCAAUCAACGAUCUUCUAGAUUGAUCUCUCUUCAAAGAGACUGAUUAGAAGAGCGGAAAAUUCGCAUUUCUGUGUAUAAAGCAAAGUCUCUUACUCAGAAGAAUAUGUACAAUUGUGUAAUGUUAUAUAUUCAAAAUAUGACAAUCUUCUAACAAAUGUACAACUUCAUGUCUUUAUACGAGCUAUAACGCCGAGUAAAGAUAUAUAAUAUAAUUUGUAUUAUGAUUAUACACAGGUAUUCAUAUAUAAUAAGUAUAUAAUAUACAAUUACAAUGAAUAAUUGUUAGUAUGUCCACCUUUGUUUUAUGUUUUACAAAAAUACAAGUACUACGUUCAUUUUAAAUAUAUACGCCUGAUAAAUUCAGGUCAAUUAUUUGAUGUUCAAUAAUAUGUUGUCUUUUUCUUCUGGAAAAGUCAUACACUCUUGCUUCUUUUUUUUUUUUUUAAGUACAUUCCGAAGAAACAUUCAAUUCUUGUGUUUUUGUAUUCAUCCCUAGAGUAUACACGAAUUAUUUAUUACACACAAGUCUGUUCAAUCUGAACUACUUUGAGUCUUUUCUUUCGUUUUUUUUUUUUGGUCAUUUUCAAUCCAUUUAAAGUGAAGCAAAGUUCAUUUACUUCAAGUAUAACAACUUAAUAUGUAACAUCAUAAAUCACACAGGAAUUUCUACUUGGACGAUAAUAAUUUUUUUUUUUUUUUUAUUAGCUUUGAAUUAUAUUACUUUAUCAAAAUUAAAAUAUGCACGUUAAAACACGUAGAAAAUGUGAAAAUUGCUUCAAUGAGCGACAGUCUAUUACACUUAACAGGAUAUCGACAAACAAUUAUAUAUUGCCGAUUGAUGGUUUUUAAUUAUACAUUAAUACUGUUAUUUAUUACAAUUAUUUAAUGUAAUUGAAUUGAGAUUUUGAUUCAGAAAAUGAAAUUUCAAUUAUAGUUAUAUUAAUUUAAUUUGACUGAUAUGAAAAUUGAAUUUAGUGCACAAUUAGAAUAAAAAUUUUUAUUUUAUAAUCUCUGUCGAUACCCCAUUUCACACAUUUGACUUAACGCAACCAAUUUUGGCACAUUGGCAAGAAACAAUUGAUCUCAAAAUUAAUUUACUAUAAAAUAUUAACAAUACGAAAAUGUACAAAUUUGUUUUACACCGGGACAUAUAUUUUACCAAGAUUUACACUUGCAAAAAAAAUUAUUUAAUUCAAAUAUAAUCGAUUACGUGAUUAUUAUCAAAUAAAUAUUUAUUUGAACUAAAUAAUUUUUUUUUUAGUGUAAUUAUUUUGACAAUUCUUAUAUUAUAAUCUAAAUCAAUUUCGAAACAUUUUUUUGAUGUACGUCUCUUGAACAAAAAAAAAAAGGUUACAUAACAAAAAUUACAAAUAAACAAUGAAAUUAAAUAUGAAACAUGUCUUUUUUACGAAUGAACGAUGACUGAACAAAUUAUGAGACAAUCACAAACGUAUACAUAUUUAUACAAAACGGAUUAUUCUUUUGAAAAAGUUAACACUUCUCAUUAUUCAGAAUGAUAAAAAUUUUUGAGAAUCGUGAUGUACUUGUCUUUUACUAUUAUUACAAAAUGCAUUAAGUUUGACGUUGACAGACAUUUUAAAUUUAAAUUGCAUGUGCAGAAUGAUAAAUUAUCAUUUACUGACAAAGUGUGAUCACCAAAUUUUCCACUGGAGACAAAAAAUAUUUUUGAACAUGAUUAUCACAAUUUUUUUUUCAUAAAUCGAGUUAGAAUUGAAAUGUACAUUAUAAAAAAUAGAGUUGAAAAUUUCAAAAAUAUUAAUUUUCAAUUUGUUUUUAACAAAAAGAUCAAAAAAUAACGUCUUUAAAUAUAGAGAUCAAAGUAUAAAGACGAUUUGAAAAAUAUCAUAAUUCUCAAAAGUUCUUACUUUUUACGCAAUUUUCUUUUCAUUUUCACUUUUAAAAAUAAACCACAGCACUUCUUAUGCAACAGGGGACGCUAGAUUUGCCAAAGAGAAACCUUUUUGACUAUCCUGUUGUUCGACAUACAUAUUCGAUGAACAUCAGAAAUACACUAUAUUUAUAAAGAUGGACUUUUUUCACAAUAAGUCCAACAGACAUUCAAGUUUGAUUGAAGAUUGCAAAGAUUUACACUCGAUUGUUCAAAGUUUUCGACGUUCAUUAUAUUUCAUUAUCGAUUGCACAUACAUCAGAAUAUUUUUAAAGAAAAAACUAUAGACAUACUUUAUGGAAUUUUAUAUGACAUAGAAAAUCCUGACAAAAAAAAAAAAAAUUAUAACAUUCCUUUUACUCAUUACUUUUAAAAAUCUCUCAAAUCAUGUUCCCUAGUUAUAUUAUUCAGAAGUCAGGAUUUUUCAGAGAGCAAUACACAAGCUGCAUAUUUUUUUUUCCAUUUUUUUUAAGCUUUGAGUAACAAUUCUUGCACACAUUUUUCCUCCAUUUUAAAAGACUUAAUGUGAACAGAAAAAAAGUUGAGCAAAAAAGCUU